AUGAAAUUUCAAGGAUUCAAGGGUUUGACAAAAGAGGAGUACACAAAAGAGUUGGUGACAAAAUAUAUCACUGUAGAGCAUGAUGUUGAUGAUGAUAGUUGUGGUAUCAAAAAAGGAAGACAGUUUGCAAUAAUAGAUAGAGAUUCACAACGUUUGAUUGGUGAUAUCUACUUGAAACAAGAUCAAGAAGGUCCUAAUCAAUAUUGCUAUUGGAUCGGUUAUACUAUUCAUCCUGACCACUCUAGAAGAGGUUAUGCUUUUGAAGUAGUAGAUGGUGUUAUUAAUUAUCUUAAACAACAACAACAGCAAAAUAAUCAUGAUGAUAGUAAUAAAACAACAAAUAAAUUAAUAAUAAUUAAAGCAGGAAUAGAUCAAAACAAUAGUGGAUCAAUUAAUUUAGUUAAAAAGUUGGGAUUUACUUAUUUGAAUCAUGAAGAUGGUGAAGAUAUCUAUCAAUUAACAUUGUAA